CGUCAGCGCUUCGCAGCAGGGCCGGGCGUCUUGCCGGCGGGGCCUGGCAGUGCGGCGGCUGGCGGCGGGGGUGCCAUGGGGCGGCGUGGUGCUGUGCCCGCGGCGGUGCUGCUGGCCGCGGCCUGGCUGGCCGGUGUAUGCGGUGAUGAAUUUAGUAUCUUACGAACACCUCAGUCAGUUGUUUUUCGAGAUGGAAGUUGGCCAAUUCCUGGUGAUCGGAUCCCAGACGUAGCUGCGUUAUCCAUGGGCUUUUCUGUUGAAGAGGACCUUUCCUGGCCUGGGCUUGCGGUGGGUGAUCUGUUCCACAGACCACGAGCUACUGUGUUAGUAACGGUGAAGGGAGUAGACAAGCUGACGUUGCCUGUGAAAGGAAUUUCUUACCCUAUUGAGAACGCUGUUCCUUUCAGUCUGGACAGUGUUGCGAAUGCGAUUCAUACUUUGUUCUCUGAGGAGACUCCUGUGGUCUUGCAGCUGGCCCCCAGCGAGGAAAGAGUGUACAUGGUGGGCAAGGCAAACUCUGUAUUUGAAGAUCUUUCUGUCACGCUGCGCCAACUGCGAAACCGCUUAUUCCAGGACAACUCCAUUCUCAGCUCCCUUCCUCUCAACUCGCUCAGCAGAAACAAUGAGGUUGACUUGCUUUUUCUGUCAGAACUACAAGUCCUACAUGAUAUUGCAAGCCUGCUGUCUCGACACAAGCACUUGGCCAAAGAUCACUCUCCAGACCUGUAUUCUCUGGAACUGGCUGGUUUGGAAGAAGUUGGAAAACGAUAUGGGGAAGACUCUCAGCAAUUCAAGGACGCUUCUCAAAUUCUUGUAGACUCCUUGCAAAAGUUUGCAGAUGAGAUGUAUAAUUUGUAUAGUGGGAAUGCAGUAGUAGAAGUGGUGGCUGUAAAGACAUUUAAUUCUCCCCUCACGAGGAAGACUCGCUCCAUUCUCCAGUCUUCACAGAGUGAAUCAGAUAACCCAUAUAACCUUGCCUAUCCAUACAACUACAACUACUCUGUAAUCUUCAACAUCAUUCUGUGGAUGAUGAUAGGUCUUGCUUUAGCUGUGAUAGUCAUCUCCUACAACCUCUGGAACAUGGAUCCCGGGUAUGACAGCAUUAUUUACAGGAUGACAAAUCAGAAGAUACGAAUGGAUUGAACUAAAGUGUUCCAGCGCAGGGAAAUGAUGAAGAGUAAGGUCUCCUUUACUUUGUGUGAAAACAAAUAUUCUUACAUGGUUAACUGUGGAAUUUUUAAAGGUGUAUUUAUUUCCAAGUAUCUAUUUUUUUCUCCUCCUCUUAAUCCUAUUUUAAAAGUUAGUAGUAGCACUAGAUUGGGUUUAGAAAUUGAAAUCUGCUUGUUUAACAAAGAAAACACUUCCCCCAGACUGAUUGUUAUGAAAGUAACAUCAUUCCAUUUUUUAUCACGUAACAUGAGUUUCAGAAAUGCCCUGUACUGCCUGUGACUGUGUGCAAAACAGACUGAAAUUAUGACACAGGAAGAUUAUAAAUUAUAGUUAAAUUGUUGUGUUGUAUAUUAUGAACCAGUUGUAAAUGUUUGAUGUAAAUAUUUAUAAUGGCUAUAUGUAACUUCGGAGAGGAUAGUUGUUACUCUUUAGUAAAAUAUUAAAUGCUACAAGAUCAGGAUUCUAGUGGCAGAAAUGGCAUUUUGAUCUCAUGAUGAUGGCUCAGAUGCCAGAAGGGUGCUUUACCUCGAACCGUAAUGAUUUGGAGAUAAAUAACACUAGUGUGGCUGGUCUAUACAGUGGAGAGUCUAGAAAUAUUGAAGUAGCACCAGUCUGAGCAUAGUCUAACAUCCUGUAGUUAAAGGUUCCUAUUAUGAUGCUACAUGUUCCUUCCAUUUGUGUUGAUGUUAUUAAAAAAAAAAUGAACAGAUUUCUUUUUGAUGAUAAGAGUGGACCAACACUUGAUUAUAGUCCUGCUUCGAUCAUUCAAUAAAACAAAGAACAGUUCCUGAA